UUUUUUUUUACCAGAUUUUAAUUAAAUUUAAAUAAUAAAUUUAACUAUUUAUCAAAAAUUUAGAUAGUUAUCAUAUACAAUAUAUUAAUUAAUUUAGCUAUCAAAGUAUGUUAUCUACCUUAUUAAAAGAUGAGAAUUAAUUAUAAAUAAUCUUACUCAUGUAAUAUUUACAAGAAAUACCACUCAAUUUAUAUUUAUAUAAAAUUUUCUUUACAAAUAUAGUCAUUUAAAUUUUAAUCAACAUCACUAAAAAUACUCUUUAGAAAUUUGAUUUUACAGUAGAGAUCUUUAAUAAUAUUACUCUUACUUAAUAAAAAGAAAAGAAUGGUUAGUUAACCAAAAAUAGUUUCGAACGCAUCAUCUCUUGAGAUGAUGAUGCAGGAGAUGAUGGCACUACUCAAUGGUUACACUAUGAUAAUAACUAUUUAAAGCUUGUGGAUGAUACAGGAGAUUGAUGAGGCAGCUGUGGAAGAGUUCAAGAAACAAUGUGAAGGUGUAGAGUAUGAAGAGAUAGCUGUUGAGGGAAAUAUAUCAAAGAUUAUAGAGGCAAUGGGAAGGAAGGAGUAUGAGCUUGUGAUAAUUGGAAAUCGACAAGUUUUAACAAGUUACUAUGAGAUGGGACGAGUCGAGGUUUCAACACUUGUCAUUCAUGGAUGCAGUGAAAAUGAUAGAGCUAAAACUUUUGUGGGAGAUAAUGUUUGAGACUAGGGAAGAGGAGAUGAAUCUUAUGUAAAUAUAAUGAUCCUCUCUAAAUAAUUAACCACUGUGAAAUAAUUUGUUGGAGAACUUUUAAUUUACAAUGUUGCUUCUCCAUAAAUGUAACCAUAUAUCUAAAAUUACAACCUAUAAAUCCAAAUUUCAGUUCACAAAUAUAUAAAUUAUAAAAUAUUAUAUUGAAUUAUAUGAUAUGAAACUAUCCGGAUUUAUUUGAUAGUUUAAUUUAAAUAAUCUAAAAUAUCUGAUACUUUAUCCAAACCAUUCGAAUUAUUUGAUAUUUUUCUUUGAAUUAUAUGAAAUUACAUAAAAGCUCUAGGCAAAACCGAAACUAAAUUAGAUCUAAACUAAACUCGAAUUAUUUCAGGUAUUGACUUGUUUCCGAUACUUUUAUGAGAACAGAACCGAAAAACCAAAAUAAUUAAACCUUAAUAAAACCAAUUUUUUGAAUGGUUUCUAUAUCUCUCUCUACAUGCAAAAGAACCAAAACCCAAAAAAAUUGAACCUGAACCUAACUAAAAGAAUGUUCAUGUGAUAGGUGUAUGUAAAUGUUUUAGUGAACAUACCACACGUGCCUAAAACAUGUAAACAGAAAACUCGCACGUGCGUGAAAACACGUACAAAGAAAACGCGGGUUACCAACUUACCAAUACCAAACGAGAGAAUGUAAAAAAAAACGGGUUACCUCAUCAGACUCACCCCCCCCUGGACCAGAUCUACUCGGGUCGGGUCAAACCUCAGAUCAGAUCGUAGAGACGAAACAAUUCAACCAUGGCGGCAGCAAGGCGACUCCGCACGCUCCAAUCCCAACCGGAGAACAAAGUCUGCGUCGACUGCUCCCAAAAGAACCCUCAAUGGGCGUCAAUCUCCUACGGCAUCUUCAUGUGCCUAGAAUGCUCGGGAAAGCACCGAGGCCUGGGCGUCCACAUCUCCUUCGUCAGAUCCGUCACCAUGGACUCAUGGUCCGAGAUCCAGAUCAAGAAAAUGGAAUCCGGCGGCAACGAGACGCUCAACAGCUUCCUCGCGCAAUACGGAAUCGCCAAGGAGACGGAGAUCGCCGCAAAGUACAAUUCAAACGCCGCGUCGGUGUAUCGCGAUCGGAUCCAGGCCUUAGCUGAGGGUAGGCAGUGGAGAGAUCCGCCGGUUGUUAAGGAGGUGGUGGUUAAUAAGAAGCCUCCGUUGCAGGGGAGCAAUGGGGGAUGGGAUGAUUGGGAUAACGACGAUGCGUUUAGGUCUCCGAGGAGGAACCAGUCGGCGAGUGAUUUCAGGGGUUAUGGAGGUGGCGGUGGUGGUGGUGGAGCUCCGGCGAAGUCGAAGUCGUCGGAGGAUAUAUACUCGAGGACGCAGCUGGAGGAUAAAGAGAGUUUUUUCGCGAAGAGGAUGGCGGAGAAUGAGUCUAAGCCUGAGGGGCUUCCUCCUUCGCAAGGAGGGAAGUAUGUGGGGUUUGGAUCGAGUCCUGGUCCAGCUGCUCCGAGAAGUAAUCAGCAGAGUGGUGAUGUUUUCUCUGUUGUGUCUGAGGGAUUUGGAAGAUUUUCUCUUGUUGCUGCGAAUGUUGUUCAGUCAGGGACCAUGGAGUUCACUUCAAAGGCCCGGCCCUGGUUAGAGCGUAAUGUUAUUCAGACAGGAACCAUGGAGUUCACUUCCAAGGUCAAAGAAGGUGGCUUAGAUAACACGGUGAGUGAGACUGUUAAUGUUGUUGCGAGUAAGACAACGGAGAUAGGACAGAGGACGUGGGGGAUCAUGAAAGGAGUAAUGGCAAUUGCUUCACAAAAGGUUGAAGAGUUCACUAAAGAAGAAGCAUCAACCUGGAAUCAACAGAAUAAGAGUGAGGGCAAUGGUUACACUAAUUCAUCUCUUGGAGGGUCGCAGUCAUCAUCAAGUUACCAAAACAAUUAUCGUAGUAACUCGAACUCCUGGGAUAACAAAAAGGAAGCAGCGCCAAAAGUGUCACAAUCAUCAUCAGGUGGUCACCUCAACGGUUAUGGUAACUCGAACUCUUGGGAUGACUGGGGAGAAGAGAAGAGUACUACCAAAAAGGAAGCUAAGGAUGAUGGUGAUGGUGAUGAUGAUGGUUGGGCUGGUUGGGAUGAUAAUGAUGCUAAAGAUGAUGAUGAUGGUUACUAUCAGAGUGGUGCAGGGGUUAAGAAAUCUGUAGGCCACAAUGGGAAACCAGACACUGCUUGGACUGGUGGAGGUUUUCUCUAGCGUCCACAGGUGUUUCGUGAGGAAUGGGAUUGAAGUUGUACCAUUGAGGAAAAAGCAAAGACUUGUGGUCGUUGUGAUCUGUCAAAAAGAGAGAGAGCAUCGAGUGGUAAUCUCAACCAUUGUAAGCCAUUGCAUGUCUGUUUUUUUUUUUCACAUUAUCGAUUGCUUGGCGUUCAUGAACUAGUGAGCGUCAUUUGCUCUUCUACAAUAUAGUUUUUCUUAAAUUAUUUUAUCUUCAUUAUAUUUGUACAAGCUUUAUAGGGGAUUUUGCUUGCUAAUCAAUUCGGGUUAGUCUUCAGCUCUUUUUCGAUGUUCGAACUUUGAUUUUUUUUUUUUUGAAAAUUUGUAAUGACAUUUUCAACAGUUUUCGUCUAUUAAUUUGAGUCUUUUGAAAGAUA